AUAUGACGAAAGGAGGAGGGCGCUGAUUAAGCUAAUAUUCAGGGUUCAGGGUCCAGACCCCAGGCGAGUUACAAAUAGACAAAUAACCCCGCGAGUCCGAUCUUCGGAGGUAUCCGACCCUUACCGGAGUCACGAAAUUUCGAAUGAGCACCAAAAGUUCAUGAACCAAUGAACUGAUCGCAUAUUCUCAGCUUGGUAACAUCUUUGAAUCGUGUCAUAUUAGGACGGAAAUCGAGGGUUAGGACGAGAUUGGAAGUAAUUGAAGUCUUAACAAAGCAGCGUCGACGCCAAUUACUUAUUAGACAAUGGCUUCAUUCCCACCCCCACCAGUUAACACCAUUGACUGGUCUAACGUCGGCUUUCGAGUUCGCGAAGGUUAGUCUAUGUUGUACUUCUGCUGCUGCUGCUGCUGGGUAAUAUGGAUGCGCAAGAGUAACAUAACUAACUCCUUGCAUCAGUGAACGGACACAUUGAAUCGCAUUACUCACAGAAAACCGGAAAAUGGUCUCCCCUUCAAUUCGUGACCGACCCCUAUAUCCGUAUCCACGGUAUGGCGCCCGCUCUGAACUACGGCCAACAAGCCUACGAGGGCCUCAAGGCUUUCCGCACUCCAUCGGACGAUAUUCAAGUCUUCCGACCAGACCGUAACGCCGUCCGGAUGCAGCACUCUGCCGAAUUCAUCUCGGUCCCUCCCGUUCCUACGGAUCUCUUCGUCGAAGCCGUCAAAGCCGCCGUUUCUCUCAAUGCCGAGUACGUCCCGCCCCAUGAGACAGGCGCCGCCAUGUACAUCCGACCACAGAUCUAUGGAUCCAGUGCGCAGUUGGGACUGAGCCCACCUGAAGAAUACACAUUCUGCGUCUAUGUUCUGCCGACCGGUGUGUACCACGGCACACACCCCGUCAAUGCUCUUAUCCUAGACGAGUUCGAUCGUGCAGCUCCUAACGGAACGGGAAGCGCAAAGGUCGGAGGCAACUAUGCACCCGUGCUAAGGUGGAGCGACAAGGCAAGAACUGAGGGGUAUGGCAUUACGCUUCACCUUGAUAGCGCAACGCAUUCGGAAGUCGAUGAGUUUAGCACAAGUGGCUUCAUCGGUGCCGUCGUGAACGGGGAGGAUGUAACACUCGUGGUACCUGAUUCGAAGAACGUGAUCCAGAGUGUGACGGCGGAUAGUAUCACAGACAUUGGUCGUAGCUUUGGAUGGAAAGUGGAGAGAAGAUCCAUUAAAUACACGGAGUUGCCGAAAUUCUCCGAGGUCAUGGCUGCGGGAACUGCUGCCGCCCUGGUGCCGAUACGGUCCAUCACCAGGCGUUUUGACCCUACCUCACCGGAAUCCAUUUCGUCUGCCGUUGGAGAGCACAGUCGUCUAUCAACAGAGGCGGGAUCCGAAAAGGUGACAUAUAUCCCCGAUGCUAAUGAAGAUGCGGGUCCGAUUUGCCUAAAGCUGUUGACUCAGCUCAAGGGUAUUCAGCUCGGAAAGGUCAAGGAUGAGUUCAAUUGGUGUUUCGCCGUCGGCCGCGAAGACGGUACAAAGGUGGCUGGAGAGACGAACGGUACACAGAAGAACGCGGAGACGGUCGACCAAUUAGAUUAAUUGGAGUAUAUCCGACGACAAAAGGCUUUGAAAAGUUAAUCUCAGUUUUCUACUAUAUCACCACGCAUUGACAAGGAGAAAGACAAAAAAGGUUCAACCUGGGGAAAAUGCGAAAAUUAGAUGGACGAAGUUUCGAUGCUUUAAGAUCAAGACAUGUCGAUUUGCCAAAUGCCUAAUCUACCUAUCUACGGUUCACAUAAUGUGCUGCACAAUAUAUGUUUACAGCUGCCUGAUUUAGAAGUUGGAGGCGUAUCCGCAUACUUACGGGAUAUACUAUUGUAUGAACACUGAAAACCUGC